GUCGUCUAAUGACUCAGUGAAAACACAGACAAUGGACGAGGAUCGACCGAUUGCUCAGAUCAGUAGCGAAGUCUCUGCCGAUCUCGAACAUGACAAAGAUGAAGGAGCUACGACACUGUCAUCGCAGACUGUGAGGGCGGAAGUAGAGGCGAUCUCACUGGCAACUACGCAGGAGCCUGACUCAGAGAUCGCCGUCACUUCGAUGACCCCGCAAGAACAAGCAACUGUGGAAAGAACAGUUCAAGUUGAACCACUUAUUGGCAACUCAUUACCUCAGCCCGUGCGUCCUCCCCUCAAAGCGCGCGGAAGGUCUACCGCUCAGAUGGGCGGUAAGAAAAGUGAACACAAGUUACCUGUCAAGUCUUUGUCAACCACAUCAGUACCAACGGGGUCGCUUUCAGCACAUACAGGUGCCAAUGUGGUGCAGAAAGCGGGGCCGGGGCCCUGUGGCGUCACGUUAGCCACGACGUUGGCAGGUAAUAGUAAAGCACAAAAUACUCAGCAUGCGACGAGGAAGUAGAAAUGAUCGGCACCGUUUGGAUUUUGUAUUUAUGGCCGAUAGGAUUUCGUGCAGUUGCGCAGGGAUCUUAUCAGGACGAGUUGUUGUAGUAUUGAUAGUGAUGAUGUAUCG